UAAAUCUCAGCUCUCCCUAAACACACCCUCACCAGACAAACCAGAGGAACAUUGUGCAAAAUCUGGGAUCAUUUUAUUUCCACUUUGAGAAAACCCACAGGAAGAGCCAGCUUCCAAAACAGGCAAAUGUGGAAGAAAAUAUUAACAUAAGGAACAGAUCAUUCUUUCAAAUAUUUGAGGAAAAAAUCCUGAUGAUUCUCUGUGGGACCUCCAGUAGAUGAGUCCAUUGUCAAGAACCAUUGUGUUGUCAAGAUAUGGAUAAUAAUGACCCUGAUGAAGAUCAUCUUACAAGUUAUGAUAUUCAACUCAGUAUUCAAGAAUCCAUUGAAUCCAGCCAGACUGCAUGUCAUUCUGAAAGAUUUGUCCCCCUCAGUGAUCAGAACAGAAAACUUGUGGAGGCCAUAAGACAAGGUCACAUUCUUGAGCUCCAGGAGUGUGUGAAAUAUAAACGUGCACUGGACGAAGCCGAUGAGAAAGGAUGGUUUCCAUUGCAUGAAGCUGCCGUUCAACCUUUUCAACAAAUACUUGAGAUUGUUCUGGAUGCAUCCUACAAGACACUCUGGGAAUUCAAGACCUGUAAUGGAGAAACACCCUUGACUUUGGCAAUCAAAGCUGGUCUGGUGGAAAAUGUAAGGACUUUACUUGAAAAGGGAGUAUGGCCCAACACCAAAAAUGAUAAAGGAGAGACGCCCCUUCUGAUUGCUGUAAAACAGGGCUCCUACAACAUGGUUUCUACUCUGAUAAAACACAACACCAACCUUGAUCAGCCCUGUGUCAAGCGAUGGUCAGCAAUGCACGAAGCAGCCAAGCAAGGCCGGAAAGAUAUCAUAGCUUUGCUACUAAGCCACGGAGGCAAUGUCCACCUGAGAGAUGGAUUUGGAGUCACACCAUUAGGUGUGGCCGCAGAAUAUGGUCACUGUGAUGUGUUAGAACAUCUAAUCCACAAAGGUGGGGAUGUGUUUGCUUUGGCGGAUGAUGGGGCAUCAGUGUUGUUUGAGGCUGCUGGGGGCGGUAAUCCCGACUGCAUUGCUCUCCUGCUGGAGUAUGGAGGAAGUGGAAAUGUGCCCAACAGAGCAGGGCAUCUCCCUAUACACCGAGCUGCCUACGAGGGACAUUAUCUUGCACUGAAAUAUCUUAUCCCAAUAACAUCCAAAAAUGCAAUUCGGAAAAGUGGGCUAACUCCCAUUCACUCAGCAGCUGAUGGACAGAAUACCCAGUGCCUGGAACUACUCAUUGAAAAUGGUUUCGAUGUCAACGCUCUUCUUGCUGACCACAUUUCCCAGAACUAUGACGAUGACAGGAAGACUGCGCUCUAUUUUGCUGUCUCUAAUAAUGACAUCCAUUGUACAGAAGUCCUUCUGGCUGCAGGUGCAGACCCAAACCUAGAUCCCCUCAACUGUCUACUUGUGGCAGUGAGGGCCAAUAAUCAUGAGAUUGUCCGACUGCUUCUCUCUCAUGGGGCUAAUGUCAAUUGUUACUUUAUGCACGUGAAUGACACCCGUUUCCCCAGUGCCAUUCAGUAUGCCCUAAAUGAUGAGGUCAUGAUGAGGCUGUUGCUGAACAAUGGCUAUCAAGUGGAGAUGUGCUUUGACUGCAUGCAUGGUGACAUCUUUGGAAAUUCAUUUGUGUGGUCAGAAAUAGAGGAAGAAGUACUGCCAGGAUGGACGUCUUGUGUAAUAAAAGAUAAUCCGUUCUGUGAGUUUAUUACAGUUCCGUGGAUGAAACACCUGGUAGGCAGCAUUAUUCGUAUAUUGAUAGAUUACAUGGAUUAUGUUCCUCUGUGUGCUAAACUGAAGUCUGCAUUAGAAGUACAGAGAGAAUGGCCAGAAAUCCGCCAAAUACUAGAGAAUCCUUGUUCAUUGAAGCAUUUGUGCCGAUUAAAAAUUCGAAGACUUAUGGGACUCCAGCGACUCUGCCAGCCAGCCUCCAUGGAAAAGCUUCCACUACCACCAGCUAUUCAAAGAUAYUUAUUAUUUAAAGARUAUGAUCUCUAUGGACAGGAGCUAAAAUUGCCAUAGCUUAAAAAUAACAUUUUUAAAUKUGAUUUUUAAAUGUUUUAAAAUGUGAUUCCUCCAGAGAAUUUAUUGGGAUCAUAUUACAACUUUAAGUGUAUUUAAAUCCAUUGAGAAUGUURUAGGUGUACUGUGUCCCUAUGGAAACACCAUAUUGUACAUAAAGACCUUGCCUUAUCUUAAGACAGUCAGUAUUCUAUAUYUGAAUUUCUAAUGAUUGUCUUCACUUGCAACAAGUCUUUAAAUUCUCCCUAUCAAUUGGCUCCUACAAUAUGCACUAUAAGGGUCUGUGUUUAGAAAGCAAAUAACCACUUUCUCAAACCCAUACCUCACACCUGUUGCUGGCCCAUUUCUCUUCUCUGAGAGCCCCUCUACACCAAAGGACUCCUGCCUGCCUGCAGGUUCACACACUAUAAUCUGGCACUCUGCUGUUUCCUCUCCUACUCUUCUCAAGGUCCKUCACCACCUCCUUAUUGCUGAAGUCAAUGAGCACCUUUCAGUUCCUCUUUUGGUUGAUUCCUGUGCCAUCUGACACUGUUGCCUGCUGUUUCCUUGAAGUUCUACCUCCUCCCUGGUUUUCACUAUAUGAAUACCUUGUUCUCUAAGCUGUCCUUCUACCUCUUUGGAUGCUCUAUCUCUGGCUUCUUCCUAUGACUCUCAACUCCUGCCAAUCCUUUAGUAAUAUUUUCUCUAGAAAAUUUCAUCCACUUGUAUGAUUGCAAUAAUUUUGUUGAAAACCACAGCACUUACAUCCAAAAAAAGCUUUCUCUCAUGUGCCUGAGACCUGUGUAGGCAACUAGCCCAAUGAACAUUUGAGCCUAAAGACACCUCAAAUUCAACAUGUCCCCAAUCAAACUCAUGACCUUUCUCUUACAUUUUAUAAUGUAACAGCACAAUGAUUAACUUAGUUUUCAACAGAAAAAGACUAAACAUCAGGCUUGACCUCCUCGUUUCCUCACCCAGUGUAACUGAUCACCACAUCCUAAAAARAAUGUAUUGCUUGAAGUGAUCUUUCUUUUACUCAGUUCCACCAGCUUGGUGCUAAGCCUGGCUCGGAUCCUUUUCCUAGGAUAAUUCAGUGCUGCUUCUCUAGCUUGCCUGCUGGCUGUCUUCCCCUAUCCCACACACAUUCUGCACACAGCAUCCCAGAAUGAUCUUUUAUAAAUGCAAGAAGUUUCACUGCCUUGCUUAAAACCAUUCCCAUUGUUCAUAGAAUMAAAGUCCAAAGUUCUUAUGUGGCCCUUCACUAUCUCACUCCUACUGCCUUCCUCUUUAUGUCUCCCUUUCCUCUCUCCCCUUUAACUGUAUUAUAUGCUUUCUAGAAGUUUAUUCAUUGAAAAGUGAGUGAUUCCCAGACUUCAGGGUUAUAUACGCUAAUAGAUUUGUUUCAUUAAUUAAAAAAAAUAGAGUCAUCUAUCUUUUAAAAAACAUAUAUAUAUAUAUAUAUAUAUAUAUAUAUAUAUAUAUAUAUAUAUAUCCUUUACGAUCUCCAUCAUUUCAUGAAGAGAGCAUAUUUUAGGAUGACAGAAAAUAAGACGAUCAUAAAUUCAGUCAUAAAAAUUGAGUAACUUUAGCUUUGAAAGAACUUAUUGCACUGUCCUCGUUUCCCUGUUGAUGGGUGAAAAUUUCCCUGCGGCCCAGCAAGUAUCUGAGRAUGUUUGUUUGGGAAUCACUGCUAUAGAAUAGACUAUGCUCUCUCACACCCAGAGGUCUUGGUAUUUCCUUCUCCCUCCACCUGGAACCCUUUCUCUACCUCCUUCUGGCCCUCUUCACCUGACUGACUGACUCACCCUCACCCUGCAGAUCUCAGAUGAGGUGUUACUUCCUGGAGGAGGGAAGGCUCUGGCCUUAAACUUCUCAGUCUGUACUGUAGGAGCCUCUGUUCUUGCCUGUCUUUCCCACUAGACUGGAAGCUCUGUGAGGGGGGCCUCUGUAUCAUUGUGUUUCCCAGUGUGUCCUMAGGGUCAAACACAUUCUCUAAAAAUGUGAAUGUUAUAUAA